GAGCCCGCGGAAAACGUCAUUGUUCCAUGUGGAGAGCAAGAUGUCAAAAUACCUGGCUUGAGAUGUUUCUAUCACGCAUUGAUCCAACGGAAAAAAGUGUUUCCUUUCACACAUUGCUAACAAAUCUUCCUUUGUGUUUCCGGUGGUAUCUUAUUCUGCUAGAGGUCCAACGAAAGAACACCACUUGUAACACAACAUAGCUUCAAUAUUCUUGUGGAACCAAAACCAAUUUAUUGAACCCAUUCAAUCAUGAGCUCCCGGCGACUCAAGUCAAAAGUGAAGCCCAAAAUUCCAACAUUAGAUAUGAAAAUCCCGAAGAACCCGCGAUAUGCCAACAUGAAACCCACACUGGACACAGGAUACAACACUCGUAUCCAACAAGAGAAGUUAGAAGAGAACAGACAGUUCUAUAAAUUCCGCCCGGAUGAAGUGUUUCGAAGAAUAUCUGUUACCUCUUUGGUAACCCUCAUGUUGGAAGUGGCAAAACUCUCUAUACAGGAAUCCGAUAUAGCCCGAUUGGAAUCGCUGUCAUCAAGCGAAGUGGAUUCGGCAAUUGGCAAUGGCGACGAAUAUUUGGAACAAGACAUAGAAUCCUUGCAUUACCCAAACCAUAUUGAUGAUGACACAGACACUCAUUAUGAGGAAGAAUUCCGAGGUGUGGAAUCAGUGGUACAUAGUGGAAAACCCAUAUCCCGUCAAUAUCACGGUGGUUCCAAUCGAUCCAGUUCCGUUGCUGAUCUCAUUCAAUACAUGGGUCAAGCUGAUAUCCACCUGGACGAGCCUUUCAAGAAUAGAAAAAGUGAAAUUGACGAAUUCAGUUCGUCUCCGUUUUUAUUGCUUGAUGUGCGCUCUGAAGAAGAGUAUCAGCGCAGUCAUCUAAUGACCGCCGAAUCUUAUCCUCAUGCUCGAUUGUCGAGGUCCAUUAAUUUUGAAUCCCAAUCAAUGAGAGACUAUCGGAAUCGAAAGGGGAAAAUUGUCAUAGUUUACGACUAUGAUGAAUAUAUUGCGUCAAGUGUGGCGACAACUUUGGUGCAAAGAGGAUACGAUAAUAUUUUCAUGUUAAGUGGCGGAUUACGGGUAUCAGAAAUCAAGUUUCCUGAGGGACUAAUUGUACCAAGCCAGCCCAACAAUAUUCAUCCCGGAGAAUGGACGGAAGAUAUAAUUUUUACCUUGGAAUCCCAAUUAGAAGAAGCACUGACUCGGAAAAAAUCGGGUCUUAGAAUGUACACGCCAUCACAAGGUCCAAGCAGGUUAAGUUCAACUACUCAUAGAUCCUUGUCGAGGUCUCAACCAAAUCUUCAACGACGCUAACGGAAUGAAUAAUAGAAAUGAUUCUUUGGAAUAUGUGACAUGA